GUUUUAUGAACAAAGUUAUAAUCGUCUCAUUUGAUCCAUUCAUUGGUUAUCUCAAGACGUUAUAUAAUAAUAAUUUGUAUUUUUGACAAUUUGUCUGAAAUGUGAUUAAAAUGUGGAUUAAGUUCGAAGAAGUCUUAAUCGCAAACGCCUUUUGGGUGACUGAGAGGCUGAACCCAUACUUCGUAUUACAGCGCCGUAAAGGACACGGAACCAGAGGAUUGUCAUCCAUUUUGGUCGGAACUAUUGAUUCUGUGUUUGACACUAAGCCUCCGCCGUAUCGUAUUCUUCAUCAGACAACUAAUUCAGAAGUCAGUUAUUCGGUUUCGUGUGCUCUCAAGAAGGAUGAGAUAUACAAAGACUGGCAAUGGAUUGAAACCCAUUUGAUGCCGACAUUGAUAUCCUUCGAGAGCGAGGAUGACGUGACAGACUUUGUUCGCUGCAAAGUCGACAGUUUGAUCGCACAGGCAGUCAGUGAUAUAAACGCUGCCCAACCCAUAGCCGAGUCGACCGAUAGCCGCAACUUUAGAGCCGCUUCUCAUAAAUUCGCAAAACUAUUCUCAAUGCCUGAGGAGGAGAAACUUGUUAACUACUACUCGUGUAGCUAUUGGAACGGUCGACUACCUCGUCAGGGAUGGCUUUAUCUAAGUGUUAAUCAUUUAUGUUUCUAUUCAUAUCUCUUUGGCAAAGAACUGAAACUAAUCAUCAAAUGGAUUGAUAUAAAGCGCCUGGAACGGGACAGUACUGUCUUCUUUCCCGAUAGCAUCAAAAUACUGACUCGCGAUAAAUGCUAUAUAUUCUCGUUGUUUCUCAAAACGUCUGAAACUUAUAAUCUGAUGGAACAGUUGGCAAACCUAACGAUGAGACAACUUAUCUCUGAUGAAAGACAAGUGCCGUUCAAAGUUGACCACAACUUAACGGCAAAAAAAUCUAAAAAUGUGCCCAAAAAGGUGUCUUUUCUCAAACGAGAUUUAGACGCCAGAGCUAUGAGUGAGUCGUAUAGAAUCACAUUCAGACUGCCAUCCCAAGAGAAAUUGGACGGAACACUACCUCUCACUCUAUGGACACCGUAUAAUAAGCAACACGUUUGGGGCAAAAUGUAUUUGUCCAACAAUUAUAUCUGUUUCGAGAGUAGAGUCAAAUCUUUAGUCGCUUUAAUCAUUCCAUUGAGAGAAAUAUUAUCGACUGAAAAGUUGGAUAACAAUCAGAACACAGGAUAUGAUAGGAAUAAUGCAAUUCUGAUCUCUUGUUUGAAAGCGAACUUCAUUUUCUCACAUAUCGACGAUCGAGACUUUCUUAUCAUAAAAAUAUCGGAAUUACUUUCGAGACUCACUGAAGAUCGACGAUCCAGUAUUGAUUCGUUGAGUCGACAGCUAUCGACUGUCGAUAGCCAGACCUCUUGGGUUCCUGAAGCCGCGCUCAGCACAAAGUUUCCAUUCCCUGAAACUGAAGAUUCAAAGGCAAAAGAAUCUGUAAAAAACAAUUUAUGGGAAUUACAUUUCAUUGAAUACGGGAGAGGCAUAUCAUGUUAUCGGACCUCUAAAGCCAGAGAACUCAUACUAAAAGGCAUUCCCGACGAUAUUCGCGGAGAAUUAUGGAUGUUAUACUCCGGUGCCGUAAACGAGUUGUCCACACAUCGGGGCUAUUAUGAGCUCAUUGUUCAGCAAAGUUUAGGCCAACAUAGCGUCGCCACCGAUGAAAUAGAGCGUGAUUUGCACCGUUCACUCCCCGAACACCCGGCCUUUCAGUCUGAACUUGGAAUCAAUGCUCUGCGCCGUGUCCUCAAUGCCUAUGCUUUCCGUAACCCCAGUAUUGGCUACUGUCAGGCCAUGAAUAUCGUUGCGUCUGUUCUCCUACUGUACGCCUCAGAAGAGGAAGCGUUUUGGCUUUUAGUGGCCCUUUGCGAGCGUCUGCUCCCCGACUAUUACAACACUAAAGUGAUCGGUGCUCUCGUCGAUCAGGGAGUGCUCGAAGAGUUAGUCAAAGAACAUUUGCCCGAAUUGUACAACAAAUUGAUCCCAUUUGGCAUUUUGUCGAUGAUAUCUCUCUCAUGGUUUCUAACCAUAUUCCUCAGUGUAAUGCCCUUCGAGUCGGCCAUACAUAUCGCCGAUUGUUUCUUCUUCGACGGCGCAAAAGUCGUAUUCCAAGUGGCGCUCAAUAUUCUCGCCUCAAAUAGCGAUGCAUUGAUGGCCGCCAAAGAUGAUGGCGAAGCUAUGACUGUAUUGAGUGGUUAUCUCGAGAACAUCUCCAACAGAGACGCAAAGAUUCCACAUAUCGUCCAUUCGGUGGCCUAUGGGUCGGCCUCCAAGAGAGCGAGUCAGACGAGCACUGAAAUCAAUGAUUUGAUAUACGAUUCUUACGCUAAAUACGGCUUCAUUUCGGCCAAUUAUAUCGAAAAACUUCGAGUAAAGCACAGAAUAAAUGUGGUCCAGAAUCUGGAGGACAAUACUAUGAAGAACGUGAUCCGAAGUCUUCAAAGUUUUCCAUUAAUUUCUAAAUAUUUAACUUACGAUCAAAUCAAAGAUAUUUACGUCAUCUUCAAAGAGGAACAGUUGCGACAACAAUAUUGGGGCCAAAUAACGCCUACGCCCGAGAAGUUUGACAUGUCUCACCCUUUCUACGAGAUAUUCAAGUUGGACAUGGAUCAGUUUCGGUGGUACUUCAGCCACUCGUCCCCCUGGGCUCAGGCAGAGAACGUGGAUUCGCUGAUUCUCAGGAUAUUCACCCUUUUAGACGAGAACUGCGAUAAUUUGAUUAAUUUUCUCGAAUUCCUAAUAUUAAUGGUUGUAAUACUUAGAGCCGACGCCGAAAUGAAACUAAGAUUUAUUUAUUGCAUUCAUUUGCUGAACAUUCCGGAACUCAUAUCAUCUCCGAGUCUGUCUGAGAACGAGUCCGACUCACAGGAGACUGAAUUGGGCGCUGAGGCCGAAGAGUUCUUCGCCGCCGCCCCCAAACCUCAAGACACCAAUGUUUCCUUCACUUUGACUCAGUUUUUGUCAUCAAUUACUAUAACUAAUAAUAAUCAUCAAAAGACCGCCCAUUCCUUGAGUAGCGCAAUGACCGGCGCUAUAAUGCCAUCAAAUAUCAGUGCCUUAAACGAUACACACAAUUCAGGUGAUCGGAGACCCAGUCUUCCACCUAUGAAUCAGCAACAGUUCAUUCAGUUGUGGAAAACUUUAUACGACAUCUUCUCCGGUGAGUCCAAUGAGCAACAGAUCUAUCACUGCAUCGCUUCUGUGGGCACUUAUUUGCUAAAACUGGGAGAACUGUCCUCUCAAUCAGAAAACUCUCAAACAAACUCUGAUGACAUUACCGAGAGUUCUGUAGAUAGCGAGACCAUUGGCACCGAUAUGUCUGAAUGCGAGUCCAAUAGCAGCGCAAAGGCUGACAAUAAGAAGUGUGAAGGAGUUGAGGAGAAUUGGUUCAUAACAUUCCAACAGUUCUGUGCGGCUCUUCAUACGGAACAACAUUUGGUGGACCUCUUCGAAGUGAAACACGACUGGUAUUCAGUUUUGGCUAAACUCAAGAACUGGAGAUUUGAAAAGCAAAACAGUUUCUCCGCAUCCAAUCCCAAUGUUAUUACAGUUUAAUGUCUUUCACUCCAUUCAGAGUCCAAACAAUUGAUUGGAAAAUAUCGCAAAUAUAAACAUUAUUUUUUAUUUAUAUUUCAGUCGAC